AUGCCGUUCAAGAGAUACGUUGAGAUCGGACGAGUGGCCCUCGUCAACUAUGGGAAAGACUACGGCAGGCUUGUCGUGAUCGUCGAUGUCCUCGACCAAAACAGGGCUCUUGUUGAUGCCCCUGACAUGGUGAGGACCCAAUUGAAUUUCAAGAGGCUUACACUCACUGAUAUUACCAUUGACAUCAAAAGGGUUCCUAAGAAGAAGACUCUGAUUGCUGCCAUGGAGGCUGCUGACGUAAAGAACAAAUGGGAAAACAGCUCAUGGGGCAGGAAGCUGAUAGUGCAGAAGAGAAGAGCUGCACUAAAUGAUUUUGAUAGGUUUAAGCUCAUGUUGGCAAAGAUCAAGAGGGCGGGAAUCAUCAGGCAGGAGCUAACGAAACUCAAAAAGGAGAGUGCAGCCUGA